CGUGAAUCACAGACACGCCCCCAUUUGCCUUCGAUUAUUCCGCACAGUUUUCAGUCGUCAGUGUUUCUGUACCGCGUGCUCAGCUUCUUUUUUUUCUCUAAUUCAUUUAGUAUAUUGUUUAACUCAUUAAAAAUGACAAGAAAUAUGUGAAUUUACUUUAUCUCGUAGUGUAAAUAAAAAUUAAUAUAUUAUAAAGUAAUGUAAAUUUCUCUCCCGUCACACGUAUUGACUUAUUUGCAACAAACCUGCACCGACUGACAACUCGCGAAAUUAUGCUCGGUUCUUUCGUGUUCCUUUGCAAAAUUGUGCUGUGUGUUAUCCUGAUAUCAGGAUACUCCGCCGCUAUUGAGAAACACUGGCUUCCGGAUCUCGAAUGGCAAACCGCGAGUAAUUGGGCAGACGGUCUUGUUCCAGAAAUUGACAACCAUAUAAUUUUUCCUCUACUGACUCGACACGCAGUGGGUAUCGCCGGCGAUCUUAGAUUAUCCGAGAUCGAUUUGCCCGGGCAAGGAUCUCUGGUUCUGCCUAGAAACGGUAAAUUGCAGCUGAGCAAUUCGAGAGCAGAUGCGAAAAUCAGCAAGUGGUCAAAGGAGGGCAAUUUCUUCUGGGCCGAUCCGGCUAAUUGGAACGGCAGUUCGAUCGCGGUGCCGCAUCUCGAGAGCGUUCCCUGUCGUCGCGAUGACGUUGUUCUGCCGGCAGCGAAUCGCACUUUGAGUAUCCUAUUGCCUGUAAGGGAGAUCGAAGUGAAGUCGAUUCGACUGGCGAACGAGCAGCCGUUCGUCGACUGGGAAUGGGAAAGUUUUCAGGAUCGCAGAGAAUUUUCUCGCGGCAGAUUCACCGUAAAAUAUGCUUCGCUACAUCUGGCUCUGUUCGACUGUCCGGUGUGUUUCUGUCAGGGAGAUUCUCAGAGCGACUACCUCGAGGAGAUCUGCGCCAUUCAGAGACCUAGAUGCGGUUUCACAGGUUGCGAGUAUCCUCUUACGGUCGAGGGUCACUGUUGCCCGUACUGCGGAGGACGCGUUUCUACUUCAGAAACUAUUUCCUUAGCGAUAGUACAAGCCGCAGCGGACGAAGCUUUGGAAGGAUAUUCGGAUAAAAUUGGCUGGCAUGCCAGACGUUCUUGGAACGGCGACGUCGAGGUACUCGUAAAGGAAAAAGGAAGCUAUUCCGGGAUCACGAUAGAGGAAGCGGUGGAGACCCUGCGGGAGAUGUUGCAAAAGAGCGGAAUUAAAGUGAGCGUGGCGGAGACCGCGGGUGCAGCUCUGAAAGAUUCCCGAUUGGCUGUCGCACUUGGACCACUUCUUGUGACGCCUCUCGUUGUGAUUGUUCUUCUUUCGCUGGCCUUCCUUUACUUCGGUUAUUCCUUGGAAAGUGUUCUCUCGGGAUGUAUGGAAGCCGUCUCAUCCGUACGAGAUGGAAUUCGAACAGACAAGCAAAAGCACGGUUUUGCCCGUUUCGAGAAUGUUCCCGAAGGCAAUGUUCAAAUUGCUGACGUUCCCGGAACGAGCGAGCGAGAGGUCGUUAACGUCGAGGGGAUAACGCAGCUCGCGAGUGGCAGAUUUGAAAAUCCCUUAUACCGGUCCAAGAGAAACAAGACGGAGGAAGAAGGUAAGAUUCUUGACAUUGACGCUCCCCUCAGUCUUACCACUCUCAAAGGCAGAAUAGAUCAACUGGAUCAAGCGGAAAACGAAGAAAUGGAGUCCGAAGAGUAAAACAUUGGUCUUUGGUUAAUGAAAUUUUCUUAAACACAUAAAAGUUUGUAUAAAAAACAAAAACAAGACACGCACACGUAAAUGUUUUCCAACAACUUAUUUAACAAGAAGAAAAAUAAAGAAUGUUCGUUUUUUCCUUCGUAAAAAAGACAACACAAUUGUUUGCAGUGGAUAUGUAACUUAUAUAAUGUUAUAGUAUGUGUAAUUAAAUCAUUAAAGCGUACAAUUUUAGCUCA